AUGGCAUGGCGGUUUCAGCCCUCAAAAUUCAAAAACACGACACCGCACAUCCCCAAGAAAGAGGAAACAAUCUUCGAUGUCCCGAUCGGUAAUCUUUCGUGUACAAAUAAUGCUAUUCAAGCAAGCACAAACUACUUAGUUUUCCACGUGGAGGGAGAAGGUGGCAAACUUGGCGCUUUGCCAAUUACUGCAAAAGGAAGACGAACGCGUAAAGAUAUGGCCAUAAUCUGUGCUCAUGGAGAGCAGGUGGACGACUUUUGCUUUAUGACUUUCGAUGACGAUCUGUUAGUGACUUGUAGUCGAGAUGAUAGCUUGAAAGUAUGGCGUCUAUCAGGCGAAGAGGCGCUUGCGGAACUUAGCGCUGAAGUCAAUAUUGGCCAAAGUGUGCUUCUUGAAGCUUUGAAACCACACACAACAGCUUUGAACAUCAUUGCUGCUGCUUCGUUUGGUGAUGCAUACGUCAUAGAUCUUGAACAGAAGACUUCAGUCAUAACACUUUCUGGUUUCUUGGAUAAGGGUCAGGCUCUGGAUUGGAGUGAAGACGGUAAACUUCUUGCAAUUAGUGCUGAUAAAGGACGUCAAGUGUGCGUUUACGACGUUAGGAGCGGUUGUUCACCGAUUCAGAAGCUGGAUGUUCAUCGAGGAUUGGGGCGCGAGUCGCGCGUUCUUUUCUGUGGAGAUCGUCUACUCUCUAGUGGUUUCACUAGUAAACGUACUCAAGAAGUUCACGUUAUGGACGUUGGAAAAUGGGACAAACCCAUUCACACACAGGAGUAUGUCUCUACUACUGGUGUACUAAUGCCGUUCUAUGACCCAGAUACGAAACUAGUGUUUUUGGUUGGUAAAGGCACCAACAAGCUAUUUCUAGCCGAAUUUCAAACUAAACAACCAUUUCUGUCGCCAGUAUAUGAAAUGUCGCUAGCGGAGCAGAAUCUUGGCGCUUGUUUGGGCAGUAAACGCAACGUUAGUGUUAUGAGUGGUGAAGUGGAUACAUUGUACCAACUCACGAAGCACAGUAUAUUGCCGAUUCAAUGCAUAGUGCCUCGAAGGUCCUAUCGUGACUUCCACGCCGACCUAUUCCCUGAUACACGGGGUGCGAGUGCUGGGUGUAGCUCUUCGGAAUGGCUAAUGGGUUCCAACGCUGUUCCGGCUAAAGUUUCACUUGCUCCUAAUGCUGCUCCUGUCUCCUUGUCAACUCAGAAUUCAUCUUCCUGUUCUAUAUCGGCCAUCAAACCAAUAUCAACUACUACAACAUUUAUCCAGUCAUCUGAGCCUGUUGUGGCAAAGGAACAACAACCGAUUCCACGUGAGACGCGCUUGCGAGCGAAUACAGAUAUUUCAGCAAGGAAAAAGGAUGAAGAAAUAGUUACUGAUGUGUCUUCACUUAAAUGCGAAGAUCCGAAACAAGAAGUGAAAGAGCUGGUCUACGCUGACGAUGAAAUUGCUGAAAAAGAGAAUGAAAUGAAUGAUUUCGUAAAGGAAAGAACGGACUCACACUCUAAGGAGCCGGAUGCCAGUGCAGGAUGUCACAAAUUGGAACGCUCCUCGCCCACGGAACGCGUUAACGUAGCACCAGCUGCUCAACCACCGAUACGAAUUCGUCAUCUAAAUAAUACCGAUGGUACAUGUGCUCGUUCGAUAACGGCGCGGGUUCGGCCAAAGUCAUGUGUUGUCGGUCAGAUGGCAUCCAAAUUUCGUCAUGUUGAAACUUUAGCGGGACCGAAGGCUAAUAAUGCUAUUUUUACGAAUUUGCGUAACGUGAAUACUCAGCUCCCACUCGAAUCGAACGGAGCAUGUGUCAGCGGAAAGUUUAUCGCAGUGCCCCUGAAAGGUCCCGCUGGUGUGGUUGGUAUCUACGACGUGGAUAAGCCAUGUAAACUUCCCGAUGGAGUUAUGGAUGGAAUUUUCAACAAAGCUCAGGUGACUGAUCUACACUGGAAUCCAUUCGAUGAUGAACAAUUGGCUGUUGGAUUAGAUGUGGGGUCAAUAAAUUUUUGGCGUCUCAGUAGGUCGGACGGACCUAGAAAUGAAAUGCACCCUGAAAAAGCGAUGAAAUUAGGGGGAGAGAAGGUACUGUGCUUCCAAUGGCAUCCGAUGGCCUCUGACUUGAUUGCAGUGGCCUUGUCAAAUUCAUCUAUCGAGAUUUGGGAAACUAAGUCCAUGACAAGAAGAGCAAGGAUUGUAUCGCAUUCUGCUCCUGUAUUGGCCAUGGGGUGGAGUUACGAUGGUCAUCGGCUUGCCUCUAUCGCUAGAGACUUCAUGCUAAAUGUGCAUCAACCGCAACUUGGAAGCGACUGUUUAAUUGCACAAAGAAAGGUUCUCGACCGUGGGCAUGCUGGUCGUGUUUUUUUCGCAUGCGACGACCGUCUGAUUAUCGUUGUGGGUAUGACGAAAAGUUCCUCACGCCAAGUGCAGUUGUUCGACGCUGCAUCUCUAAAUGACAUUUACACGCAACAUAUUGACAAUGGCACACAACCACUAGUUCCUCAUUAUGACUAUGACUCCUCCGUAUUGUUCCUUAGCGGUAAGGGUAGUCGGAUUAUAAAUAUGUUUGAAAUUUGUUACGAUUCGCCGUAUCUUCUUCCACUCACACCUUACCUGGCUCCUGUCAUUGGUCAGGCUAUCGCGUUUCAUAACAAAAAAAGGUGUAACGUGAUGGCGGUUGAAUUUCAAAGAGCAUGGAGGUUAACAGAAAAAUCGAUCGAAGAACUGAUAUUUCGCGUGCCUCGGGUUAAGAAAGACGUCUUUCAAUCUGAUCUUUUCCCGGAUGCCCUGGUUACGUGGAGACCUGCUCUAACUGCAGAAGAGUGGUUAGCAGGGAGCAAGAAAACUCCUGAGUUUGAAAGCCUUAAACCGGAAGGGGUUAAUGAAUUAGCGCUGUCGGUUGCCCCUGAACCACCAGUUCGCUCUUCCCGCUUUUCGGCAGUCCUUGAGAUAAAUGAGCACAAAUCUGAAAUUGUAUCUGAACCAGAUAAAGACGCGGUGCAACUCAGUUGGUCCGCUAAGAUUCCCAACGACACCACAUUGGAGCAAGAUUACAUGGAGGGUGUUGCUGAAGAAGAGUGGACUGAGUCACUCUAA